ACAAUGGAGGUGACUGAAGGAAAUUUAAUCACCCUUGCUAAUUAUCUCCAGGAAACUUUAAGCUCAGAUGUCACUACCAGACGUAAAGCUGAGAAGUUUCUGGAAUCUGUUGAAAUAAACCAAAACUACCCUAUGUUGUUGCUGAAGUUGUUAGACAAUUCUGUUGAUGCUCACAUCCGUCUUAGUGCAGCUGUGACCUUCAAGAAUUAUAUCAAGAGAAACUGGCGACAGGUUGAUGACAGUCCCGACAAAAUCCAUGCUUCAGACAGGACAGCCAUUAAGCAGGUGAUUGUAGAUUUGAUGCUGAAAACACCAGAACAGAUACAGAACCAGCUGAGUGAUGCCAUUAGUAUUAUUGGUCGAGAAGACUUUCCUGAUAAAUGGCCAGACCUAAUCCGUGAAAUGGUUGAACAUUUGGUCAGCCGAGAUUUCCAUAUUGUCAAUGGGAUUCUGAGGACAGCACAUUCGUUAUUCAAAAGAUAUCGGCAUGAAUUCAAAUCUCAGGAACUUUGGACAGAGAUCAAAUUUGUUUUGGAUAAUUUUGCUGCCCAAUUUACUCAGCUCUUUAUUACCACCAUGCAAUUGGCUGAGAACCACAGUAAUGACCCUGUUGCCUUGAAGGUUAUAUUCAGCUCCAUUGUUCUCAUGUGUAAAAUAUUUUAUAGUUUAAACUAUCAGGAUAUUCCAGAACAUUUUGAGGACAAUAUGGCUACAUGGAUGGCUCAUUUCAAAACUCUCUUGCAAGUGGACAAUAAAUUGUUACAGACACAGGAUGAAGAUGAAGCUGGUGUCCUAGAACAAGUGAAAUCCCAAAUUUGUGACAAUGUAACUCUUUAUGCUCAAAAGUAUGAUGAAGAAUUUGGUCCUCAUCUUCCAGACUUUGUGACUGCUAUCUGGAACCUUCUGGUCACUACAGGACAACAAGUCAAGUAUGACCUUUUGGUUAGCAAUGCUAUCCAGUUUUUGGCGUCAGUAGCAGAACGACCAAGUUACAAGAAACUGUUUGAAGAGAGUAACACCCUUGGGAGUAUUUGUGAGAAAGUCAUUGUUCCCAACAUGCAGUUCCGCACGGCUGAUGAAGAGUUAUUUGAAGACAACCCAGAGGAGUACAUUCGUCGAGAUAUUGAAGGAUCAGAUAUUGAUACACGGCGGCGUGCUGCUUGUGAUCUGGUGCAGGCCUUGUGUAAGAUCUUUGAAGAACCAGUCAUUCAAAACUUCUCCCAAUACAUCCAAGCUUUACUUCAGCAAUACUCCAGUAACCCAACAGCCAACUGGAAAUGUAAAGACACUGCCAUUUAUCUUGUCACAUCUUUGGUGUCAAAAGGUCAAACACAAAAGCAUGGAAUCACACAGACAAGUUCUUUGGUAAACAUCACAGAUUUCUAUCAGACUUAUAUAUUAACAGACUUACAGUCUGCUGAUGUCAAUGCUCAAAGUAUCCUCAAAGCUGAUGCCCUCAAAUAUGUUAUGAUUUUCCGAACACAGUUACAAAGGGAGGCACUCAUUUCUUGUAUCCCCCAUAUCAUUCGACAUCUGGCAGCUGAAAGCCCCGUGGUGCAUACUUAUGCUGCACAUUGUAUUGAACGGCUGCUGACUGUAAAGAAUGCUCAGAAUACUGCUAUGAUUGGUACUGCUGACAUUCAACAAUUUGGAAGUGACCUUCUCUUGAAUCUCUUUAACAUCCUCAAUUUUGCUACAUCUUCAGAGAAUGAGUAUGCCAUGAAAGCUAUCAUGAGAUGCCUGUCUGCCCUUAACGACAGUGUUAUGCCACUGAUACCCAUGGUCCUUGGCAAACUCACUCAGAAACUACUCGAUGUUAGUAAGAACCCGAGCAAGCCCCAUUUCAAUCAUUACUUGUUUGAAAGUAUUUGUGUCAUGGUGCGAGUUGCUAGUCGAGUCAACCCAACAGCUGUGACUACUUUUGAAGGGGCUCUCUUCUCUCCAUUUACUGAGAUCCUACGACAAGAUGUACAAGAAUUUGUGCCGUAUGUCUUCCAGAUCCUGUCCAUGUUGAUAGAACUACAGCAGAAUGAACUGGCUCCCUAUAUGGCUCUCUUUCCCCACCUACUAGUGCCAGUUCUUUGGGAACGUCCUGGCAAUAUCCCUCCACUUGUCCGAUUGCUGCAAGCUAUUAUACAGAAAGGGGCCAAACAAAUUGAACCUGAUAAACUGAAUGGUUUGUUGGGAGCUUUCCAGAAACUGAUUGCUUCCAAAGCCAAUGACCAUGAAGGCUUUUACCUCCUCAAUUAUAUCAUAGAAUUCCUUCCACAAGAUGUUAUCUCCCCAUACAUCAACCAAAUCUUUAUGCUUCUAUUCCAACGUCUUCAGAGUUCUAAAACAACCAAAUACAUCAAGAGUUUGCUGGUAUUUUUUAGCCUUUUUGCCAUUAAAUAUGAAGCCAGUGUCUUAAUACAAACCAUUGACAAUAUCCAAGCAAAGAUGUUUGGUAUGGUAGUUGAACGUCUAUAUGUCGCAGAUCUUCAGAAAGUCUCUGGCAACAUUGAAAGGAAGAUCUGUGCUUUGGGUGUGACAAAACUUCUCACUGAAGCACCGGUAUUUCUGACGACUUACGAAUCACUUUGGGCCAGUCUACUUCAAGCACUGUUGAGUUUAUUUGAAUUGCCAGAAGAUGAGUCCAUUCCAGAAGAUGAGCAUUUCAUUGAAAUUGAUGAUACACCAGGUUACCAAAUUGCCUAUUCACAGUUGGCUUUUGCUGGUAGAAAGGAACAUGACCCUAUUGGGAACUUAGUUCCAGACUUAAAGAUUAACUUAGCCAAAUGUCUUGGAAAGUUGUCUGAACAGAACCCUGGGAGAUUGACUCCGCUAAUCAAAUCUGGUUUACAGCCUGAAGCCACACAAUAUCUCCAGAUGUACCUGCAAUCUGCUAGCGUUAAUCUUAUGUAAUAUGUGUGUCUGCUUGUGCAUAUGUAUGUAUGCCCUUUGUGUAUUGUCAUAUUAAGACAGUCUAUCUCUUUUUCAGUACAUACACUACUAACAUACAUACAUUCACUCACACGAUUCACCAACGUCUGACUUUCAUGCUGAUAGUUCAAGGCUAAUACUGCAGCAUGGAAAAACCCACAGCUUGAUGGCCCGAUGGUCACAUCACGAUCACACUGCUCACACAUGUUGACUUAUACAGUUGUUAUAUUGUUAUAUCACACACAGUGACAUGGUGACCACACACACACACACACAGUGACAUUGUUUCAUUGUGUGACCAUCUAAUGCUCUUACUGUGACUAACUGCAUAGUGACCAAGCAGUAAAGUGUAUUAUUUAUGUUGCUUGUUACAUAAAUUGUCCGAAAUAAAAAAAUUCAAUAAAGAAUAAUAAAUUUGAUAUUUUAAACAGAAAA